AUGAUUGAGAAGUGUACGAGUCGUUUAUAUGUCUGCGCGCGAAAAGCAAUGGUUAGCGUCGGUGAAUGGGCGGCGGGGGGGAGGGGGGGCGACGACGACGACGACGACGACAACAACGAGGGCGAUGAGGCAAUUGCGCUCGCAGCUGGGCCUUCAGCGGGCAGCGGACUGGUUUGCGAUGCGAACGAACUCAAGGACACCGGGGACAGAGGCGGAGGGGAGAAACAGGUCGAAUCCAAACACCAGAACGCAAGGGAAGCAGAGAAGAAGACGGCGACGAGAAAAGGUGGGUGGGGUAAAAGAGCAGAGAGCGCAGAUGAUGUGCUGCCGAGCGAAUCCGCUAAGUUUACGGCGCUCGGUAGCGACGCGCAGAGACGAACCUGGGGGCGUUGGCGUGAGGACAGAGGAUGGCGCCACGAUUUGCUCGAUCGGGCAGACACAAGCUUUGGAGAUCGAUACAAGGAUGGCGGCCCUUGGGGGCUCUUGAUUGGCUGCCACGCCAUUGCACGCCCAGGCAAGGCCGGAAUUAACGAUCUCCUGUGCGUCAACUGCUGA